CCCGCCUUCCGUUUCCGGUGGCAGAAAGGUGUGGGGCUGGCAGCGGCUUCCUGUUCGAGUGAAGCUGUGCUUUAGGCACGUGUGUUACUUUCUCCGGCUCCUGCGUCUCCCCCUUCCUGUUGAUCUUGUCUGCGGUACUCCUUGCAGGCUCAAGGAUGAAGGCGAGGAGGAAUAAAAAGCAGGUCCCAAGCUUUCGCAAGCUGAUAAAAACUAGUAAGGUGAAACUCGAAAACAAACUGAAGAAUAAGCAAUUUAAGCAGCAGAGCACUAUCAAGAAGUACCGAAAAGAGCAGAGGAAGCUAAGGCAAGCUGUCAAAGAUGCCGUAUCCAAGAAACCAGUCCCCUUGGAGGACCCAAAGAGCAAAUGGCCAGUUAAAAGGAUGGAGAGGGAAGAGGAGGAGGAGGAAGAAGCCCUUCCUUUAGAUAUGAUGGAUGAAGAUGACUUACAGCUGAUGAGAGAUUUAGGGCAAAAAGCAUCUUUUCUUACAAGAGAUCUUUCUUCUAGUGAGCCAGUUCAUAUCAAGAAACGAAAGCAUGAGAGUGUGAUAGCUAAAUAUGAAAAAGUGCCAAGAACUCUGCAGACCGCACCUGAGAAGGAGCUGAUUCAUUUGCUUCCUAUCAAGGAUAAAAGCGGUAUAAUCCCACAGACCAGGGAGAAGCCAGUCACAGACAGCCAGCAAGAAGAAGAGGAUGAAGAGGAACAGGAAGUUGAGGAAGAGGUCAUUGAAAACCCUGUUCCAGAGCUCACCAUAGAAGAACAUUUAAUUGAGAGAAAGAAGAAACUACAGGAGAAGAAAAUACAGAUUGCAGCCUUGGCAUCUGCCAUACUGUCAGAUCCAGAAAAUAAUGUGAGUGGUAUUGAUUGUGUAAACCACAGAUUGUUGAAGAGCUCUAGUCUCCUUUUUCAGAUUCGUAAAGAAACCCAGAAGUUAAGAGAAUUUGAAGAAGGCUUGGUUAGCCAAUAUAAAUUUUAUUUGGAAAAUCUGGAACAAAUGGUUAAAGACUGGAAGCAAAGGAAGCUGAAGAAGAGCAACGUGGUCUCCUUAAAGGCCUACAAAGGGCUGGCUGAAGUGGCUGUGAAGAGCCUGUGUGAGCUGUUGGUGGCCCUGCCCCAUUUCAACUUUCACAACAACAUUAUUGUGUUGAUUGUCCCUUUGAUGAAUGAUGGGUCAAAAUUGAUAUCUGAAAUGUGUUGUGAAGCAGUAAAGAAACUCUUUAAACAAGAUAAAUUAGGCCAAGCUUCUCUUGGUGUAAUUAAAGUGAUUUCUGGUUUUGUAAAGGGCAGAAAUUAUGAAGUUAGGCCAGAGAUAUUAAAAACAUUUUUAUGUCUGCGAAUUAAGGAAGUAGAACUGAAAAAAGAUACAGAGGACAUUAACAAGCCAAAAAAGUUCAUGACUUUCAAGGAAAAGAGAAAAACUCUAUCAAGAAUGCAAAGAAAGUGGAAGAAAGCAGAGGAGAAACUGGAGCGGGAACUUCGGGAGGCUGAAGCUUCAGAGAGCACUGAGAGAAAGCUGAAACUGCACACAGAGACUCUGAAUAUUGUGUUUGUGACCUACUUCAGAAUUUUGAAGAAGGCCCAGAGGUCACCUCUUCUGCCAGCAGUUCUGGAAGGUCUCGCCAAGUUUGCACAUCUUAUAAAUGUGGAAUUCUUUGAUGACUUGUUAGUGGUUCUUCAUACCCUCAUUGAGUCUGGUAACCUAAGUUAUCAAGAAAGUCUUCACUGUGUCCAGACUGCUUUUCAUAUUCUUUCUGGACAAGGUGAUGUUCUUAAUAUUGACCCGAUGAAAUUCUAUACACAUCUCUACAAGACAUUGUUUAAAUUACAUGCAGGUGCGACCAACGAUGGCAUUGAGAUUGUACUCCACUGCCUUGAUGUCAUGCUAACCAAGCGCAGAAAGCAAGUUUCUCAUCAGCGAGCUCUUGCCUUCAUCAAGCGCCUCUGUACGCUUGCUCUGCAGGUUCUUCCAAAUUCAAGCAUUGGCCUUUUAGCAACUACCAGAAUAUUGAUGCAUACGUUUCCCAGGACAGAUCUGUUGCUUGAUAAUGAAUCUCAGGGCAGUGGGGUGUUCCUGCCUGAGCUGGAGGAGCCAGAGUACUGUAAUGCACAGAACACCGCACUGUGGGAGCUACAUACACUGCGGAGGCAUUACCAUCCUGUCGUGCAAAGAUUUGCAGCUCACCUGCUUGCUGGGGCCCCGUCUGAAGGCUCCGAGGCCCUCAAGCCUGAGCUGAGCCGAAGAUCUGCAGUUGAACUUUUUGAGACUUACAGCAUGGCAGCAAUGACAUUCAACCCUCCUGUUGAACCUUCAAACUCUAAAAAGAAGGAUAAAUUUUUACAAGGAGACUCAUUUUUGAAUGAAGAUUUAAAUCAACUAAUCAAAAGAUAUUGCAAUGAAGCUGCUACUGAGACACUGCUGGAUUUCACCAAAUGUUUGAAAACAUCUUCACAGUAGCCUAAAGGUGAAGAGUCAGUGGACUGUCUUAUAUAUUUAUUUGUGCAUAUAUUUAUAUGCGCAUAUUCAGAGACACACAACACACACAAUACAUGAGGGUCUUUUUCUUCGUGUUCAAGGAAAACUUCCUGAGAACAAUUAUAUGAGAACCGAAGCAGAGGCCACUUCUGAACUCGAAGAAGACGCUGUUCAUUUGUUUUUUAUGGCUUACUCGGCUUGCUUUCUUAUACAACCCAGGCCAGCUUGCUCAGGAAUGGCACCGCCCAUGAGGUGUGGGCUGAGCCCUACAACAUCGGUUAUUAAUUUUGUAAGCACCCUACAGACAUUCUCAUAGGCAAGUCUGAUGGAGGUAGUUCUUUAGUUUGGGUUCCCUCUUCAUGGGUGACUUUAGUGUAUGUCAAGUUGACAAAAAAUGAGCAAGACAGUUAUUAAAUCCUCUUUAUAACUAAAUAAAUAUUGUGAUUGCAGCACCAUAGAUGAAAGCAAAAAAUUCUUAGUAAGGAUUUUUAAAAGAUAGCUUAAAAUUAGAUUCUUGUUCAUUGGCUUCUAUUUAAUGAUACAUGUAAUAACCAGAUCUGACCUUUAGAAGGAAUGAGUAUUGCCCUGGGAGUGUGGGUGCAUCACUUUAAUCCCAGCACUCAGGCAGAGGCAGGUGGAUCUCUGAGUUCAAGGCCAGCCUGGUCUACAGAGUGAGUUCCAGGACAACCAGGACUUUUAUACCGAGAAACCCUGUCUCUAAGAAACAAACAAACAAAAGGUAAAGGAGUGAGUGCUCUUAUGGCUAGUUCAAAGAAAGUUGAAUGUGAUUCUGGAAUCUUUGAAGCUGUGUUUAUUCUUUUACACUAGAGUGAUGGGGGUAAGUUGCUCAGUAGGACGCAAGUAGGGCUGAGAUGUCUGUUGUGCUAUAGCGACACUGGUGCUGACUAACUAGUAAAGUGGUUUUUUUUUUAAUUCUUACAGAUAAAACUGUAUAUGCUUUAUAAAUAGUUAUAAACCAUUAUUUUAUAUAGUAGCUAUUGCCAUAUGUAGAGGUGACGUAUGAAAGGUGUACAUAGAUAUUUUCUGCUAUUAAUAGUUGAAUAAAAUAGCUUCCUUUUCUACUUCAUAGUCUUGUGGAGGUUUUGUUUUUUUCACUGUUAGUGAAAAGCAGUUCAGGUAAAUAGACUGUUGAUUCAGCACCAUAGAAGCCAGUCUUUCUGGGCCUGAGAGCUCUUUCCUAAUGAAAAUAUGAAAACAGAAAAUCCUCUUACCAUCCAGCAGACUCGGGAACAGUGACCAGUUAAUCAAUUUAAAGCCAGCCCUUACUCCUUCUGAGAGUUAAGCUGGGUGUGUGGGUGUCUGGGCAGAGAAGAGGUCGGCAGGUAUUGGAGGAGAGAGCACUGGGGGACAAUUACCAGCUUGAAUAUGGGCGUAUUCUUACAUUGAGUUCCAGUCUCUCUCUCUCUCUCUCUCUCUCUCUCUCUCUCUCUCUCUCUCUCUCUCUCUCUCUCUCUCUCCUCCU